AUGGCUGGCGGUAAAGGAAAGACUGGCGGUAAGACCGGAGGAAAGGGCGAUCAUGUCAAGACAACCAAGUCGCACUCUGCCAAAGCUGGUCUCCAGUUCCCUUGCGGUCGCAUAAAGCGUCACCUCCGAACCAUCACGCGCCAGAAGACGCGCAUUGGCGCCAAAGCUUCCAUCUACCUCACCGCUGUUCUCGAAUACCUGACUGCUGAAGUUCUCGAACUUGCAGGCAAUGCCGCCAAGGAUCUCAAAGUCAAGCGCAUCACGCCACGCCAUCUACAACUCGCCAUCCGCGGUGACGAGGAACUCGACACGCUCAUUCGCGCCACGAUCGCUUUUGGAGGUGUUCUGCCACACAUCAACCGCGCGCUGCUGCUCAAGGUCGAACAGAAGAAGAAGGGCGCCAAACCAGAGGUAUAA